AUGCAGUACCUUACAUUCUUUUGUUCUCUAUCUUUGCUCCUCUUCUUCAGCAAUUCCCUGGUUUUGUGUUAUGACGGGCCACUUUACGACUCUUCUGCUUAUACGCAAUGUAAACAGCACCCUGAGGAGCCACUUUACAAUGGUGGUAUCCUCAAAGAUCAUGUUCCAAAUUUCCUACGAAGUAUUCUGGGUAAUGGAGGUCAAGUUUCUCACCCUACAUUUUUAUUGCAAAACCUCACUGAGGGCAACAGAUACUGUUUUUCAGUUUGGAUCAAAAUAAAGAAUGCAGAUUCAUCUCUCGUGAGGGCUAGUCUCGUGAUGGAAGAAACUAACCUGAGUUGCAUUGGAACUGUUAUUGCCAAGCAAGGUUGCUGGUCAUUUCUCAAGGGUGGAUUUGUAUUGACAUCAUCAUCAAAAUUUUCUAAGCUAAAUCUUCAGGAUUCAGCUGGUAGAGAUAUUGAAAUGGAGAUUGCAAGUGCUUCUCUGCAGCCAUUCACCAAGGAGCAAUGGGGGUUGAAUCAGCAGACUAAAAUCUACAAGGAAAGGAAGCGUGCAGUUAUUAUCCAUGUCUCGGACAGGCACGGAGCCAAAUUGCAAGAGGCGGAAAUUACGGUAGAACAAGUUUCAAAAGAUUUCCCAUUUGGAUCUGCUAUAGCGAAGACUAUAAUCGGAAAUUCACGCUUCCAGAAAUGGUUUACAGAAAGAUUCAAUGCAGCAGUUUUUGAAAACGAGCUCAAGUGGGAUGCAACAGAACCCAAGCCAGGGCAAGUCAACUACACGAUACCUGACCAGAUGCUCGAAUUUGUUCGAGCAAAUCAAAUUAUUACUAGAGGCCACAAUAUCUUCUGGGAGAAUCCCGAGUCAUCACCACAAUGGAUUCUUAAUCUAACAAGCCCUGAUCUUCAAUCAGCUGUCACCUCCAGAAUAGAAAGUCUUAUGAGCAGAUACAAAGAAGAAUUUAUUCACUGGGAUGUUAGUAAUGAAAUGCUUCAUUUCGACUUUUACGAGAAAAGGCUUGGACCGAACGCCACCCUGCAGUUUUUCGAGAAGGCACAUCAAAUAGAUCCAUUAGCCACACUUUUCAUGAAUGAAUAUAAUGUGGUGGAAACUUGCGAUGAUGUUAAUUCCACGGUGGACACCUACAUAUCAAGAAUGAUAGAGCUAAAGCGAGGGGGUGUAACAAUGGAUGGAAUUGGACUUCAGGGUCAUUUCGAUGUGCCAAACCCUCCUCUAAUGAGGGCUAUCCUUGACAAAUUGGCCACUCUUGGCCUUCCAAUUUGGUUAACAGAAGUUGAUAUCAGCAAACAAUUCAGUAAGGAAAGUCAGGCUAUUUAUCUAGAAGAAGUUUUAAGAGAAGGCUUUUCACAUCCUGCUGUCAAUGGGAUAAUACUCUGGACAGCCCUCCGCCAGAACAGUUGUUAUCAAAUGUGCCUCACCGAUAAUGACUUAAAUAAUCUGCCGGCUGGUGACACCGUUGACAAGCUCCUAAAAGAGUGGCAAACCGGGAUUUUGGAAGGCAAAACGGACGAGUAUGGUUCAUACAGCUUCUCCGGUUUCUUGGGCGAAUACAAGAUUACAGCUAAGUAUGGCAACAAAAUAGUGAAAUCAACACUCUCUGUUAGGGAACUUGAGAAAGGUGGAGUGUCAAUGGAUGGAAUUGGCCACGAGGGUUAUUUUACUGUACCAAAUCCCCCUCUAAUCAGGGCAGUGCUAGACAAAUUGGCUACCCUAGGACUUCCCAUUUGGCUCACAGAGGUGGAUAUCAGCAAAAGACUAGAUCAAGAAACACAGGCCAAAUACUUGGAAGCAGUGUUGAGAGAAGGAGUGGCAAACUGGGGUGGUGGAAGGACAGUGAUAGGAACCUGGAACUGCUGCAGUGUUAUGAGGCUGUUGCUUCACUGCUGA